AUGGCAGCAGCUCUAAACCUGGACAGCACAGGGCUUGGGAAUGCUCGCGACGGUUACCCCGCGCUCGCUGGCUGGAUAGGACGAGACCCCGAUGGCGAAACCCUGGUCUUCCGCAGGUUCAGGCAACUCAGCGCGCGCAACCUUCUCCACUUGCAGAGCCAGCUUAUCCAACUGGAGCAAGAAAUAGAGGAGCUUGAUGACGAAGCGCGGAGGAGUACCGACCUCGACGCUCGUCAGGCAUCGCGCCGAUGGGAGACACUCACGCAGCUUGCCGCUGAUCCGACAAGGCCAGAGAGGGAACGACUAAAGAAGGUGGCUGAGCUAUCGGCUAAAGUCAAAGAAUACGAAGAGGCACUGCUGCGACAAUCUCGAAUCGCCGAAUUAAGCGGGCCUAGCGAUCGCGUUCUUUCCACUUACCGCGACUAUAUUGAGGGAAACGCCUGGAAAGGCCCCUAUCUACCAGCAGUCCCGAUUAUAAGUGGAAGAGCCAAGGAUAUGCUGAAAGAAGCGGACGACCUAGUCGCCCUACGAAAGCCUGCCGAUGAGGACAUUCUCUCAAAAUUUCUGCAAGAUCACUGGGCCUUCCAGAGCCGCAAAACCAUUGACCCACUCGAUCGCACGACAGUCUACAAGGGACAGCAUAUCACACAGAUAGUUGCCUUGAUUAGUAUCCUAUCUGCCGCAGUCCUGUUGGUUGUUGCCAUUAUCAGUCUUUACGUUGCCAAGGACCCGACUACGAAGUUGGGUUUGGUGGUCGCGUAUACGUUGAUCUUUGCUCUCAGUAUGGCGCUAUUAACUAGUGCUAGGAGAGCAGAAAUAUAUGGUGCCGCGGCCGCCUAUGCUGCAGUGUUAGUUGUGUUCAUUUCAGGAAACUUAGGGGCGGUACCAUCCUGA